CUCUGCAUUCAGGGUCAUUGUUACUGUGACUACUUAAAUGUCGUGAAUUAUGACUGAAGGUGACCAAGAAAGCACCAUAAAAUACUUGAGUUUCGUCUUAGAUAACUGCAAAGAAAAUAGUGUGUACCUAGUUUUCGAUCAGGUACAUAAUUCCCUUAGGUCCUUAUUGCUUAGGAAAAAGAAAUUAAAAAAUGAUGAAGUCGAGUCCAUAUAUAGGACAUAUAGUCAUCUGUUCAGAAUUUCUGCUAACUUUGAUAGAUCCAAAGCCUGUGUUGAAUUCCUGGACGACAUGAGUACUGUUUUGUACUUAAUCACAACUGAAAAUCCUGACUGUAAAUUAUGGUCAUUAUUGUCUGAAGAAUGUUGUCUGGCUUUGACUUCAGCACUAAAAACCUUGUUUUCGUCUAUAAGAUACAAUGAAGUAAUGUCAGUUAUCGCACCCGAAUGUUUGCCGAUCAUCAGCCACAUCUGCUCCUUCUUAUUAGAUUUGAGCGAAUAUUCCAAGAAUCGCGAUGUAUGCUGCAAUUCACUUAGCACUUUGUCGCUUGUCUCCCUCCCUGUAAAUGCUUUUCAUGAGGUGAAUGAUGACGCUGAUGAUUUACUCAAAGGUCAUCUUGCCAACUCGUUAAAGAGCUUCUUACCAGGAUUUUCCCAAUCAUUCUACAGAAUCAUAACCGCCAAUCAUAAGGUGUGGUCAAGUAUCAGAGUGGCUGCAUUCGAUGCUUGGUCUUCCAUACUGAUUUCUGUUUUUCAAAACGAACCUAGUUCUAAUAUCGUACAAAAGACAAAGUCUACAACAGAGUGCAAACUUUUUACUUCCGAGUGGUUCAAAACAACUCAAUCCCAUAUGACGUCUUUGGUCUCAAAAACUGUUGAUAGUGUAAUUCACAUUCAGCUGGAGCUAGAUGUAGACAGAAAUGUACGACUAUCUGUUGCGUUUGCACAGUGGUUGGGUGUAUUACUACUGAAAUGUCAUUCACUGAUCAAUAUUGGAGAAAGUCAGCACCUUAGAUACACUGUAGUUUCUGGUCUGCUGAUGCUAGCCUCACAGUCAUCUUUAAGAAAUUCGAUAUCAAACCAAAGUUCUCUCAAAGAAAGUAGUCUUCUAGCCCAAAAGUUAUUGAGUGAUUUCACCGCAAUUCAUGAAGGGAAUAUGAACUCUCUUAUAGUUCCUAAAUCACUUAUCAAUCUUUUUGGUCAUGAAUUAAUAAGAAAGGCUGGUUUUGAUUCUUUAACAGAACAAGUAAACUUUCUUUUGAGUCAACUCUUCAGUCUCCUAGAUGAAUCACAACUACAGAAGCGAUUAAGAACAAUCCUUGGUCACUUAAAUGUUUUAGAUCCUGAGGAUAUUUGUACUUUUGUUCAUUCAUCUGAAACUUUUCAUCGCUUUUGUUCUGCUUUGGCCAAAUUUUUGAACUUUAAUUUUAGUUCUGUUGAGUUGCAAGAAUUAAUCUAUUUGUUGCCACUCAAUUACGAUCAUAGUUCUGUUCAUUGUAUUCCCGCAAACGCUAUACUACCGUGUAAUUUAUUCCGAAAGUCAUUUCAGUAUUUUCGUGAUCAUUCGACAUUGAUGCUAAUUCAGGCCAUUGCCGGAAAAAUAGCAUCUCAAAGAGAAACGGUUGACUUAUUUGUGGAUACAUGUCGAGAUAUUAUGAUUGAAAGUGAUAACUGUUUACGUAAUUCAUGUCUUCUACUUAUCGUAGGUGCGAUUGCUGGUUAUAUCUCUCGCGAUAAAAUACCAUGGAGUGAGCGUGAAAACCUUUGUUUAAGCCUUAUGAGUUUAUACUUUGAUCGAGACAUAUUGACAUUACCUACGCGUCAAUCUAACUAUGUGAACACCACUGGUGACAUUAUCACUAACGAUAAUAAUGGUAUGGAUUAUUCGACAUCGCUAGUCCAUUUAUCAAAUGAUAGAUUAUCUACCAAUCAUCUGUCUAAUGUAAGCACAUAUAAAUCAUGGCCACCUGUAAAUUCUAAUGAGAAUCCUGCAAAAUCUGAUAUAAAUCAUCUUGGCGAUAUGAAAAUGAAUUCAAUUACAAUCUGUUUAUUACUAGAAAUGUUUUGUACUGUUUCACAGUUAAAUACAUUAACAUUUAAUAAUGACGUUGAAAAAGUUCAUUCUGAUCAACAUUUCACUGAAUGCUUACGUAUCGGUUUACUUCCAACUAUAUCAUUUGCUUCACGUUCUGAUUUAAUCGGUCAAACUGCACGAGUUUGUUUAGAUCAAGUAGCUAAGAAUUGUAAAUAUUCAAGCGUAAGCGAACUCAUUACAGUUAAUGCUGACUACUUAGUUUCCAGUAUAACUCUAGAUUUACAUCGCGUUAACUUAUUGACUAUGACAAAUUCAUCAAAUGGUAGCAAUACAAUUUCUCUGUCGAGUGAAGUUGAACAAAGCUUAUUAUCAGCUUGUAAUGCUACAAACACUUUGUUUGAAUACUGCACAAUCAAUGUACUGCCAGUUUUAAAACCGAUGGUUACAAAAAUGCUUUCAUCAUUAGAUGUUACCUAUGAAUAUACAACGGAACUUUUCCUUACACCAUUUUAUCAAUUAAUGCAAACAUGUCGUAAAUGGAAUGAAUUAUUGACGAGAAACAACAAAUGUUCAGACCAAGCAACUGAUUCAUCUCCAGUGGUUGAAUCAGUAACUAAUCAACAAAAAACGACGAAUUACUCAGGAUGUAGCAAAUCACGUCUCACUGAUUUAUGUCAAAAAACAAUCAGUCUUGUAUCUGAGACACGUUCACUUCAUCAUAUUGAACCGAUUAAUCAAACGAAUGGAGCCAAUUAUACUGAUACCUUAAAUCAACCAGAGAAAAAUAAGAUGGAUCCUAUGAAUGAUGAUAUGGAUAACGAUGAAAAUCAUACGUUUCCCGAUCAUUUACAAAUAGUUGAAGAAGUCAUGUUACGAUGUGUACAUUUAAUGGCUGAUGGAAAUCCUAAAUUACGUAUACUUUCUAUGAAUGUUUUAAAAGAAGGUUGUUUGACGUUACAAAAUGAAACCAAUUUAUUAUUACCGAUUGUUCACAAAAUAUGGACUUCAUUAAUGAAACGAUUUCAUGAUAAUCACGCUAUAGUUGUUGAAAAAGCGUUCGACCUCUUGACUGUACUGUCUAAAGUUGCUGGAAACUUUAUUCGACAGCGUUCAUCUUCAGAGAUAAUUCCUCCUUUGGUGUUAUUUUUAACACGUGGUGCUACUGUAAGUGCGUCAGCAUCAAAAUCAUACAAAUACCUUACAUCUUAUCGUGUACAGAAAAGGUUACUAAAAGAGAUCGGACCUCUUUGUAUACAAAUGGGAUUAUUAUCACAAUCACUAAGACCUGUGAUCAAUGUACUUGUCAUGUAUUUAGAUAAUUCACAACCGGAAGGACUACAACAGGUAAGAUGUAUUUUUUAUUUCAGUGUCGUCUUGUCAAUAUGCUUCUACGUUUAUCGACAGAUCGGUGUAUAACUCAACUGUGCUCUUAUUUUCAUUUAUUGAGCUUACAAAAUAGCUGAUACAAUCAUUCUAAAUGACACAUUGAUCAUGAUUAAUUUAGAAAAAAACAGUGAAAUAACACUAAAUAAAUGUAUAAAAUUUAUAAUCUAAGCGGAUGAUUUUUAUGUUAUGUCUUCUAGACCGAGUAGUUCAAUCCUUCCGGUUUGAUUAGUGAGAUGAACAUCACCAUAAGUACCUCCUUUACACAUAACUCACAAAUAACCAUUCUAUUUGUCAAUUUAUUUGCAGAAAAUGUGACUAGAUUUCUAUUAAACUGUCAUACCUUCCUCAUUUACUACGAAGAUAUCAGUCGGUAGUUGGUUAACUGUACUAGAAAACACAUCAAUUUUUCAGGUCAAAUGAAAUAUAUACCAAUCUUAAGAAUUGUUUAACUGUUAUUACGAAUCAUUGACAAAAUUUUACCGAAUAUCAUCAUCAUAAUCAUCCGUAGUCAUUCUUCAUUCCGUGAAAUGUAUAAGCCAGUAUAUCGUAUUGUAAACUCCCUCUACUACUGAUUUCAUUGUGCUGUACACUGGAUUUCACACUGUGUUAAUGAACGAUUUUCUGUCUCGAUGAUCUAGCUCUCAGUUGUCAGUCGGACGUUGUGUGUGUACUAUGGGGUUAUCUAGUAUUUUAAUCUGGUGUAUCCGAUAGUAGUAUUCAGUUGAAUGUCAUCAUAUUUCAUAACAAAGGUUAUAUCUGUUAGUAUUUUCCUCAUUACGACAUUACUUUUGAUCAUUCUUUUGAACAAAUGAAAAAAAAGGUUACAUGUUUUCAGGCGAUGUCACCCAUGUUUCUCAGUUGUUUACUAUUGUGUCUCUCGUGAGAUUUAAAAUGUACCUAAAUAUGUGAAUAACUAGUAAUUCUCUCUUUCUCAAUUUAUAAACUAUCCAGUCUACAACCAAUUCAAUCCACUGUCAAGUAAGGUUUUCCAACAGAAUACUGGUUAUGCUUUUCGAAUCAUUAUGUGUUUUGAAUAUAGACUUCGCUUUAAAUUAACAUCAGUUGAGAAACUAGACAACGGUUUUCGAACGUCUCAAAGCAAUAUCCACCUACAAACCUAUAUAGUAUUAUGUUAAGAACCUUCAAAUUUUGUGGUGAUCAUUUUACUUCAUUUAUCGCUUAGUUAAAAUAUAGCGAUCCACAGUUUCAAUUCACAAUAUGUUGUAACGUUCAUUGAAACAACGCACUCAUUUUCGAGUCAAGUCAGAUGACGAUCUUGAAUUCUCGGUAUAUUUAUAUAUGAAUACUUAGAAAUAAAUGGUAAUCGGGUUAAGUUAAAGUUCACAUUCAAGAUGAUAAAAUUAUUUUAUUUUAUUAUUUAUUUAAACACAUAAACAUUGGUUCAAUGGGGCACCAAAUAUAUAUGCGCCACAUAGAGCAUUCUGUUUGUGUGAGGGCUGGGAUUUAUUUUUAUUUAUUUUAACACAUAGGUAUAGGUACAAGGAGGCACCAAGUACAUAUGCGCCACACGAAUCUCAAUUGAUUUGUGUGAGGGCUGUGAUACUGCCCGGGUGCCCAAACCGAAGCAGGUGGUUUUCUUAGGGGGCCACACCCCGAGCCUUCGACCUGAACGUCUAACCCACAAGGCAGUGGAGCAUCGUGAGGAGAUGCAGUCCUAUGGUGCCGGUGACCAACGCCAUUCGUUCCCUCAGGAUAUUGGAGCCCAUGUGCAUCAUUGGUUUGGAAUUAGGGUUUCCCAACUCCCCUAGGUGGACCGUCCGUGUCCACCAACACGGUUACGGAUCCAGAAUUUCGCUUUUCGUCCUCUUAAUUUCGUGAAGAAAAGGAAUGCCGCGAAAAGGCUGUGGGUAGGACUUCCCUGACAGUGGUUGUAUGCACGUGGCCAUUUGAGAGCAUUUCGGGGGGGGGAGCAGACACUCCCCAGUCUCAGUCGUACCAGGAAACUUGAGGGCAAAAUUAUUUUAUUUUUAUUAUUAUUAUUAUUAUUAAAAUUAGUCGUAUUAGUUAACUAUUAGUACUGACGAAUACAAAAAGUGACCCAUUCAGGAUGUUCUGAUAAGUAAAAUAUGCAUCAACCGAUAAAACAAUAACUAGUUCACAGAUUAAUCAAUGAACCGAAAAAUAGAUAUCUCAGUAAAAUUAUAGUUACUGAUAAGUUGUGUAGUUAUCAUACACAAACCUCACAUAUAGUGCAACAAUUACACCAUGUCAUCUCUGUUUAUUAUAAGGAUCCAUCUUGAUGUUAGUUGCUAGUCAGCACUUCAUUAUAAAAUUGGAUGCAUUUUGUUGACUCUAACUUCAUGUUUUCAGCUGUAGUUACAUGUUAACCCAUUACAUGUUUAACUAAGUUAUUCAGGUCUCUUGAUAACUUUUUUAAAAAAGAAAGACUACUUAUAAUAUUUGGUCUACUAUUAUUUAUUGUCAUGUAUUAAUUCGAAGCAUUGUUUACAGGUAGUGGGAUCAUCAGCUGAGUAAUACUCAGUUUAGACGUAGAGUACUAGGUAGGAACAAGAAGUGAACUGAUAAAACUAUGGACCAUCAUUGACUGAUAUCAUGAACUCACUUGCCUUUUGAUCUGACCCAUAUUAGAAAUUACAAACUUUACUACUCUAAGCUUUUACAAUAGAUUUUGAAUAAAAUGUGAUGAAAUUCUUUGCCAUUGUACCUAUUUUCUACCGUCUUAAUUUUCAGUUAAGUAUUAUUUCCUACUUUAUUUUUUAAAGUCUUGUUUGUUUAUUUCAAUUUUGUCUUAGAUUUAUAAUUCCAUUUUCAUCUUCAUUUACUUGUUAUCUUUUUAAAUUUCAAAAAUCCAUUAUUAAGCCUAUCUUUAAACAUUUUAAGUACAAUCAUCUACUACUAUUACUACAAAAUGUCACUCGAGAUCCAAAUUUUUCAGUGGUAGCAUCUCCGAGUCCAAAUCCGACUGACUCGGGUCUGAAUCUCACAGAGGACAUUAGUUCCCUUAAGAUUACAAGUGCGUCUGGCUGACAAGUGUCAAGUAGCAUGUGAUGGAGGUCCAGGAUUUAAUUUUAACUAACCCGAAUCACUAAAUAUCUUAACAAAGUUCACUCAGUGUUGAUUCACUUAUAUUAGCGGUCACAUCACAACUUGGUUGAUAGAAUUCAAUCAUCAUUUAAAGGAUCAGACAAACACGAUAUCGGUCACUUCUCAAUGAUCAAUUAAUUGUCUUAGAUUUUAAUUUAAGUGAGAUAUUAGAAUUCCAUGUGACUGAAGCCAUUAGUGUUUAUUUUAUAGCAGAGUUGUAAUUCCGUAAAGUAAGGGAGCAUUCAGGUUGGCAAUGGCUUGCUCAAGUGCAUAUUUAAGUGAUGUCGCAUCAUUAGUGCAAUUAUCUAUUAGCAAAUAAUCUCGAACCAUUCUGUGGUAGCAAUUUGUGCAAGUAAUAAUUUAUUGUUGUAUAUGUUGACAUCAGUUAAAGAAAAUUCAAUCAUCUUACUGCUCAGAAUGAGUGAUCUGUUAUGAUGGAGUUGCGUUUUGUAAUCACUGACAGAUUGAAUGUUGAGGCUUUUAUUGUCCUUCUAAACAAUAUAAGCGCAAACUCCGGAUAGAAUAACUCAAAUAGCUCGCCUCUAUCUGUUUAUGUUAAUGAUAUUGUUUUUGUGGACAAUGAAAGUUUCACGUAGUGCUCACAAAAUGCAACACCACUAAAAUCAUCAUUCUAAGCUAUAAAUUUCGAUCAUCUCAAAACUGAUUGAUUACACAAAAUUACUUCUUAUUAUAAAGUUGUUUUUUAACAUUUUGCUUCAGUUAUAUAAGACUUUUAUGUUUUUCUAUACUUGUGUUAUGUUUAAACAAAUCUAAUUUUACCAUUUUCAAAGUAGUUAAUUUUUUUACCCACUCAUCUUUAAAUAGGCUUCUAUGUCCAGUAUAGAAAUUAUAUGGACUCUUGACCCUGGAAGUACAUGGGCUCUUCUUAUUAAUCAUCUUACUGAUUCAGAUAUACAAUGCAUAUAUUCUCAGAGAUUAGUUAAACCAUUUGAAAUUAUACAAGUUUAUCAUCAUCCAAUUGAUAGACAUAAAGAUUUAAAUUUGAAACUCCAGAAUAUAUCUAUUCUUUUAAACAAACUUCAUGAAAUCUCUGAUGAAAUUACUAAAUGAACCAAGUUUUCUUUUUCUUUUAUGUAUAUCCCAUUAUUUUUUUACCACAAAAGUAAACUUGUAUCCCCCUUAAAGUUUAUAUCGAAUGUGUAACUGUUGAAUACCUCUUCAAACUUCUCUUUUUGUGUAAAUAUAUUUUGUACAAUCUAUUUAUAAAAAUGAAGAUAUUUGUUGUUGUGUCCAUAUUAAUACAUUCGUUAAAUAUUAUUGAUCAUUGAAAA